UGUCUAUUAUUCUGUAGUCUAGGUUGAACCCCCCCUCAAAAAGAAUGUUUUUCUACUGUUUUUCUACUGCUAACCUACUCAUUUGUUAAAUAGAAAUUAACAAAAUGCUUCAAAAAUGAAUCAUUUUUUUUCUGCUUCUUCUUACACCAAUUUUUUCUCUCCAAACAUCAGUACUUCAUUUUAGACUUUGACAACUCAUUUGUCCCAGUUUUAUACCAGAAAUGUCCCAUGUGUCCCUAUUUUGGACCAAUUUGUGUUAAACCAGAUCUAAACCAGGAUUGACCAGGAUUAACCAGGACUUAAACAGGAUUUAAACAGGACUUAAACAGGACUAGGACUGAAACAGAGUCUGUCCUCUAUCUGCUGUCCUGUUGCGUCUGUCCCCUAAAGUGUAUCAUUGUUGUCCAAUAUGAAGAGAUGAAACUGGUCCAAGUCCCAGUCCAGUCAGGUUUAAGAUGGGAGGUCCUGGGAGGUUCCAGCUGGUCAUGAGACCAUGAAUCCUACAUCUGACUUAAAUCUGAAAGUUACAACCAGUCUACAGUAGACUCAGGCACCGGGCAGACUUAAGCCCUCUGUGCGGGACGCCAGGUGAAAUUUUUCGGGCCCCGGGGCUGUGUCUGUGUGCCCACUGCUCUGGCUGUGAUGGGUGGGGUCUCUUCCUCUCGUGAGGUUUAGGUGAAAGUUUCUAGUCGCUAUGAGCCAGUGUGUGUGAAUUAAAAUAAGAGCCAUAAGAUACACACUGCAGCACUCGUUCCAGCUUAAUGCUUCUUUCUUGCUUGGCAGAAGGGUCCUACUGAAGAGAAGACUGUUACUCCCUAAAAACUGUUCCUCAGAUGCACUUUGCCUUGAAGUUGAUCCCCCCAUAACAGUACAACACACAGUUCUGUUGUUCUCCGUACAUUAGCCUGAGCCUCACUGCUCAGGUAAAGUGAUGGGGCUACACUGCUCAGAGCUCAGGCUGGUGGGAGCGGCCAGUCGCUGUGCUGGGACUGUGGAGGUGAGACUCAGAGAAGAGUGGAGUCGGGUGGAGCCCUUUGGACGCUGGGACCUGGAGGCUACAGCUGCUGUGUGCAGAGCCCUGGACUGUGGCUCUGCUCUUUAUGGAGAAAAGAGAGGUGGUUUUCCAGAGAGUCCUGUGUGGGAGGUCUCGUCUGUCUGUGUGAAGAAGUCUUCAGUGAGAGAAUGUGUCUCUGGUUCUUCCUCUUCUUCCCGGGGUCUGGUGGUGGUGUGUUCAGACCUUCUGAAUCGUCCAAUCAUCUCCGUGUCUGUGAGUGACGGGGAGUCUGAGCUCCAGCCUCAGGGGGUGCGGGUGCAGCUGGGCUCAAAGGUCAGAGUCAAAUGCUCCAUGGAGCCACAAUACCCUGGAGGCUCCUUCCUGCUCCUCUCUCCCGCCGUGCCCCCCGCUCAAAACCACACCCUGCCUGCUGUCAAUCACUCUGCCCACUUCCUCUUCUCUGACAUUAGCCCCGCCCACAAAGGAAACUACACCUGUGUUUACCUCCUGCAGCUGUUCAACCGCAGCUUCUCCUCUAAGAGCCUCAGACUCCAGCUCUCUGUGGGAGAGUCAGACUCAGACCUGAUCAUCAGAGUCGUGGUGAUUCUUCUGUUGAAGCUCCUGUACAUCCUCCCAAUGUCCUACUACUACUGCAAGGUCCGGGCCAGAAGGGGCGCCAGAGAGAGGACCUCAGAAGACCUGGACCCAGUUAGACCAGUUCAGAUCCACCUGAGACCCGGACUUAGACCGGGUCAGAUGUGAGACCCGGACUUAGACUGGGUCAGAUGUGAGACCCGAAUUUAAACUUUAUCAGAUGAGAGUCCUGGACUUAGACCGAGUCAGGUGUAGUCCUGGACUUAGACAGGGUCAGGUGUAGUCCUGGACUUAGACCGGGUCAGGUGUAGUCCUGGACUUAGACCGGGUCAGGUGUAGUCCUGGACAUAGACCGGGUCAGGUGUAGUCCUGGACUUAGACCGGGUCAGGUGUAGUCCUGGACAUAGACCGGGUCAGGUGUGAGACCCGAACUUAAACUUUAUCAAAUGUGAGUCCCGAACUUAGACCGAGUCAGGUGUGAGUCCCGGACUUAAUCCGGGUCAGGUGUGAGUCCCGGACUUAGACCGAGUCAGAUGUAUUCCCGGACUUAGACCGGGUCAGGUGUGAGACCCGGACUUAGACCUGGUCAAGUGUGAGUCUCGAACUUCGACCGGGUCAGAUGUGAAAACCCGGAUUUAAACCAGGUUCCAUGUGAGUCCCAGACUUAGACCGGGUCAGAAGUGAGUCUGGGAUUUAGACCGAAGCCAUAGUUUCAUAUAAGAAAGAGUGUCACUAUAGAAAUGUGCUAGUUGUUGCUAUAUUUAAAUUUGACCAAUAAAAUGAACACAUUGAAUCAAACACACUCCUGUUUUAGUUUGUUGCCAAAGAAACUAAAGACCACAUUGUCCCAUUUCAAAUUAAAGUUCUUCUGAAGAUGUCCAGUGAUGUAUCUGCCCGAGUCGGUCCAGAACACUGUGGAGUUGGAGCAAAUCCUUAGAAGAUGCAAACAGUCUCUGGAUGGUUUUUGCUAAAGGACCACUUCACAUGAAUGUCCCGCUUAAAUGGAACCAGCGGGAGAAUUAUGGACCAUUUGAAAACAAGUCUCUUUUACCUUGUUUGUUAGAAAGCAUUUGUUGGGAAUUGUCCAAAUUCAUUUCCAAUUCAAAUCACUCCCAAAACUUUCUAACAUGACUGUGUAUGUAGAGCAGUAGAGCCUCUCUCUGGAAUAGUUUGUGAAUAUUAUUGUUACAGUUUGUGUGUGAAGUAAAACAGAUUUUCCCAGUUUCAGAGUCUACAGGACCAGGUCGGCCAGGCAUCAAAAAGUAUACAUUUUAUUUUGGUGAAACUGGAAAUGUAGAAAAAUGUCACAGUUCUGAGUAUGACAUUAGCUGCCCCCCACUGUGAAAAAGCUCGAUCACAAAGAAGAUCCGAUUCUGUCCAGUUGGGAAAAUAAUGAUUGAUUUUUGUGUAAAAUCUCUCUCCUGUUCCAUAUUCUGUACAUCUGGGGUGAAUAUAACAUGUAUAGGUUAGAUGUGUAGAGACGAGGGACCAGGCUAAAAGAGCUGGUGGAAUAAU